AUGGAGUCAAGUAUUUAUGUUAAUUUACGUAAACUUAUUAGUGUGAUUGAUGAGCUUCGAGAUAUAGGCUUACAAAAAUAUAUAAACCUACCUCGUAUAUGUGUGGUUGGUACACAAAGUAGUGGAAAAAGUAGUGUUUUAGAAUCAAUUGUUGGUUUAGAUUUUUUACCAAGAGGUGAAGGGGUUGUGACUAGACGUCCUAUUGAAUUUAGAUUAAUUCAUAUUAAAGAAGAUAGUGAAAUUAAACAUUGGGCUACCUUUGAAGAUGACAAAAAUAAAAAAUUCACAGAUUUCAAUGAAGUUAGAGAACAUAUAAAUAGUUUGACAGAUCAAAUUGCAGGAACAAAUAAAGGUAUCAUCGAUGAACCAAUUAUUUUAAAUAUCUAUUCAACAGGUUGUCCUGAUCUAUCAUUAAUUGAUUUGCCUGGUAUUACUAGGGUUCCAUUAAAAAAUUCGGAUCAAACAGAUGAUAUUGAAAGAUUGACAAGAGAAAUGGCAUUUAGAUACGUUAAAGAUCCUAGAACUAUUAUUCUUGCAGUUUUACCAGCUAAUGCUGAUAUGUCAACUAGUGAUGCAUUACAAAUAGCUAGAAAAGUCGAUCCCAAAGGUUUAAGAACCAUCGGUGUUAUUACAAAAAUAGAUCUUAUGGAUAAAGGGGUCGAUGCAAGUAAAAUGCUACUAAAUGAUGAAAUAAAUUUAAGAUUAGGUUAUACAGGAGUUAUAAAUAGAUCUAGUGCUGAUAUAAAACAAGGUAAAACUAUUAGUCAAUCAUUAAAAGAUGAAUUAAAAUUCUUUCAAAACCAUCCUGUAUAUAAAAAAUUACCUCAAUCAUUAUAUGGUACUACUUCUUUAACUGACAAAUUAACAAAAGUCCUGCUAAGACAUAUUAAACACUUUUUACCAGAUAUCAAAAUAGAAAUUAAUGACAGAAUCAGAGCAAUUAAUGAUAAACUUUUCUCUUUAGGAACUAAUGUACCAUUAGAUGCAACAAAAAAAACGCAAAUACUUUGGUCAAUGAUUACAGAUUAUUGUGAAAUAUUUAAAAAUACAUUAAAAGGAAAAUAUGAUAAAAGGUUACAAGUUUUUAUUGAAAAUAAUGACAUUAUUUGUGGUUUAAAGGUUAGACAAAUAUUUAAUGAAUUAUUAGAUGAAUAUGCAGGCAAAAAUGUAACUAGUGAAUUAAGUGAUAAUGAUAUAGAUGAUGCUAUUUGUAUGCAUGAAGGUGAUAGUUUACCUGGAUUUCCUUCACCAGAUACAUUUGAAUUCUUAAUCUUGCCACAUUUAAAAAAAAUACAUACACCUGUUUUUAAUUGUCUAGAUAAAGUUAGUCAAACUCUUGAAAUUUUAUCUCAAACAAUUGCCAAUCGUGUUCUAACAAGAUUUCCAAAAUUAUCUGAACAAGUCUUAGAUCUAUCUCAAUCCAUACUAAUUAGAGAAAAAGAAAAUACACAUACCAUUUUAGAAAACUAUAUAGAAGCAGAAACUAAUUAUCUAUUUACAAACGACGUUUCAUAUUUAAUAGAACAUGGAAGUAUUAUUAACAUGAGUGAGGAUGAACAAAAUGAAACAGGAUCCCCUAUGCAAGAUUAUGGUAAUUAUCAAAAAAAUUCAAAUAAAAAAUAUCCACAAAAUAGUUUUAAUAGUAGCCAUGAUAAUAUGAAUAGUUCACAAAAUAGUGCAACAGGACAAAGUAAAUAUUAUCAAAAUAUAAUUAAUGAAUCUGAAUAUUUAACAGGCAAAGCAGCUAAAUUUGUUUCAGGAGCACAAAAAUCUGUUAUGAGCAUGUGGAAUAAAGAUAAAAAAAAAACACGAUAUAAUUCACAAUUUAUACAAGAAAUUCGAAGAAGAUUAGAUUCCUAUUUUAGUAUCGUUCUUAGAAAUGUUAGAGAUAGUGUACCUAAAAUUAUUGGAUAUUUCUUAAUUAGAAGAUUACAAGAAAAAAUGCAAUUUGAAUUAUAUUCAGAUCUAAAUAGUGAACAAAAAUUAUUUGAAUUACUAAAUGAACCAUUACAUGUAUUAAAAGAAAGAGAACAUCUAAAUCACCAAUUAGAAAUUCUUAAAAAAGCAAACCAAGUACUUUUAAAAGAUCCUAGCAUAACAUCAAUUAAUAUUGAUCUUUUUGAUGCUAACUAUGAACAAGAUCUCAUGGAAAUGCAAAAAAAUCUUAAAGGACAAAACACUUCCUCUAUCUCAAAUAGUUCACCAGCUCAAUCUUAUAAACAAAAUUUUUCUUCUUCUCACACUAUGAGCUCAAGCAAUGAUGUCCACGCCGCUAGCAAACGAUCACAAAUGAUGCAACCCAGAAACAUGUCGCCCCCUACCAUUAGCUCCCACAUGUCAAAACACAAUCCAAUGAUGAGCUCAAAAAUGGAUCCAAAAGGAAAACAUUUAUUUGAAAAGGAUCCAAUCAAAAAAAAAGCCCCAUAUAAUCCCUUGUUUGAUUAA